GCACAUGAUGUCAUAGCUUGUGCUUGUCGGUACUCUGCCUGCCUAUCCGCUCUCCAUCCUUCUCUCUCUCUUUCUCCCUCCAUCUCUCUUUCAUCAUUGUGAAGGACGGUGAGUGGCCAGGUCUAAGCUAAGAGGAGGAAGACACAGCAUCCACACAGGUCUCCCUACGGCAUCAUCAUUCAGCAUUCCAACACCUAACAGUAUGGCAGAGGGCUCAGGAACGGUGGCAGAGGUGGAGACCUCAUUCAAGAAGUUUGCCGUCCACGGAGACACCAAGGCCACCGGGAAGGAGAUGAACGGCAAAAACUUUGUCAAACUCUGUAAGGACUGCCGCAUCAUCGACGGCAAGAAUGUCACCGCUACCGAUGUGGACAUUGUCUUCAGUAAAGUCAAGGCCAAGACAGCCCGGGUCAUUACGUUUGAACAGUUCAGCCAGGCUCUGGUGGAGUUGGCUCCUAAGCGCUUUAAAGGGAAGAGCCAGGAGGAGGCGCUACAGCAGCUCUACGGCCUCAUCGCUGGCAAGGAGCCUGCCAACGCCGGCGUCACUAAAGUGGCGAAGGCGGCUGCGGUGGACCGGCUGACGGACACCUCCAAGUUCACCGGGUCACACAAGGAGCGCUUCGACGAGACAGGCAAGGGGAAGGGCAAGAUCGGGCGAGAGGAAGUCCCUGACGCCAGUGGCUAUGUGGGUGCAUACAAGGGCCAAGGGAGCUAUGACGACAAGGUCAAGGAGGCAUAGUGUAGAGCAGAUGCCCAUACCCAGCCAAUGACACCCUACAUACUGUACAGUCAGUUAGAGUUGUGUAUACACUGCAUAGAACAGAAUGAAAAUGCUGUUAGAACAUUAGAGUUCUGGGGUCCAUACAUUGACAGGGACCAAAUAAUUUGUCCACCAAAGUCAAUAACUUCACUUCUUAAUAUACUUUGAGUUACUACACCUACACUACUGCCUUUGCCCCCCUGCCCCCAUGUCCCCCUGUGCCCCUGCCCCCCUGUCCCCCUGCCCCACUGUGGCCCUGCCCCCCUGUGCCCCUGCAUCCCUGCCCCUCUGUUCCUCUGCUUCCCUGGCCCUAGCCUGUUCCAGUGCUUCAAUGCCUCUAUAAACCAGGGCCUUACCAGUUUCUAUACUACUCCACCACACAUUGUGCCUUAUUAUUCAGAUUGCUACUAACACAGAGACCCUGGAAUAUCAUGCAUGGCUUCCAUCCACUGCCCUCUCAGAGGACGCCCGCUGCUUAGUACUAGAAGCUGUGGGAUUGCGAUGAACUACAAUAUAAAUAGGCUGCACGAUUAGCGCUUGGCUUGUUAGCACCAAAUAAAGAGUGGAUGAGGGCUGUUUUCUUCAGCCCUCUCCUCUGAACACAAUGGAGUUGAUGGAUUGUUGUACUUGAGUAGAGAGACUGCUCCUGACAGUCCUCCAGUGUCUCCUCCCGGAAUGUUCUCCAUUAUCACUGAGUGUUUUGUAUUAAACACUUCUCUGUCUCCCUGUAAUACGGAGAUCUGAAUAUUGUAUGUAAACAUUUAAAUAAAUCAGUGCAAUA